AUGAGCCACUCACAGGAUGUGAUUCUCUGUGAGCUGGUCUCGCAACAUCCUUGCCUUUACGAUUUGAAGAACCCUAAAUAUAGGGACACUUUGUUCAGAGACAGAAUUUGGGAAGAAAUUGGUGCACAGUUGAAACUGGCAGGUUCAAAGGACGAAGCAACCAGAGGAAGUGCAGCCAUGAGCCGCGACAUUCAUCUUGUGCUGCAGGCCGCCUCCAGUUCUCAGAUUGACCCUCUGGAGUCCAGAGAGGACUGUGCGCACUCACACCUGCCCACAGUCCAGGAGUUCUAUGGCAAUGUGACUCCAGCACUGGCGUCGCUGAUAGCUGUGGCCACGCUGUCCGUGGUGCUCACGUGUGUGACGUACGCCUGCACCAUGGUGCGCGUGCUCACCAAGACUCCGCCGAGGUUCCGCGGCCACACUGCCUGGGUCCUGACCGUCCACCCGGCAGCUUCAGUAUUGGCCUACGUGUCGGUGCUGGUCCCACGUGCAUCCUUCCUGGUGAGCAUGGGCAUGCACAACCUGUACGGGCUGUGCCUGUACCAGCUGUUCUGCCUGAUGGCCGCUCACUGCCAGGACGAGGACUCCGUGGACCCGCUGCGGGGAGCCCAGAUCAAGCUCGACCCGGGAAACUUAUUCUGGUUGCCUGGUCGCGUCCCCAUGUUGAUCAGCAGGACUUCAUUACUGAGACAAACAUAUCUGGUGCUGCAGCUGCCUGUAAUGAUGUGGAUCGUAUACACUGUCCGCUUUGUCUUAUGGUCUGAGGACAAGGAGCUGGUGCGCACAGUGUGGCCGUACAUGGAGCCACUCCAGUUGGUUUCCAUGAUGGUAGCAGGAGGCGUGGUGCGCAUGCUCAGUGAUCUGGUGGGCGGGGCUACCACCAGGCAGAAGAUGAACGCCAUCAAGGCUACCAUGCUGCUGGCCAAACUACAGGGUCCGGCAGUGCACCGUCUGGCCCGGCUCCUACCCUGCAUGGGAGCCUUCUCGCCUCACUUCUGGAGCCACAUUGCGGUGAACGUGGUGUGCUUGCUGCAGUACCUGUUCCUCAGCGUGUGGGCCAACCGGCUGUUCUGUGGGGACGCUACCCAAUGCGACCGUCUGCGAGAGGAGCCGAUGGAGGACGAGCUGGAGGCGGCCUGUACGCUGACGGAUGGUCCUGCUCCGCCCAGCGGGCCUCUGGUGGACCUGGGCCCCACUGGAGACUCCAAAAAACCUCUGAUCUCACACGUCUCCGUGGUCGGCAUCGCAUAG